CUCAAUCCUAGUCUUCUUCCAUUGAUUAUCUUAGCUUCAGUAUUAUUUGCUCUUUCGUUUCCAAAAAAGAAAAAAAAAAAAUUGCUUGCUUUUCAAACUUCAAAAAGUUCAAACCCUUUGAACACGUUCUUUAACACACCACCAAGAUUCUAAUCAUACAUCUGUGCUCAAGAUUUUAGCCAUGUAUGACUUGCCACCCGGUGUUGUUUUUGGUCCCACGGACCCAGAAAUUGUUCUCUACUAUCUUCUCAACAGGGUCAAUGGAGAGCCAAUGUUUGAGGAUUCAAUGAAUUAUGUCACUGAAUGUGAUGUUUAUGGGGAUCCUAACGCAUGGAUAAAAGUCUUUCAAGAAACCCACAUGGAGCGUCUCUAUUUCUACGCAAAACUGAAGAAGAAGAAUCAGAAAGGGAAGCGAAUUGAGAGAUCUACACAGUGUGGAACUUGGAGAUGUCAAAAGGAUGAACAACUUUUUCUUAACGAAACACAAUAUGGUUCAAAGAGAAGUUUCACUUUCGUCGCCAAGAAUGGCUUCAACGGCAUGGGAAGAUGGACCAUGCAUGAAUUCCGGCUCGACGGAGUGUAUGGAAACACUGCUAAUCAUGAUAAUUACGUUAUUUGUUGCAUUUCAAAGAAGGAGUGAGAUAUAUAAGAUCAACAUUUCAGAAGGCCUCAAUGCCUCAUUGAGCAAAAGAUGGAG